GAGCCCCUGGAUGAAAAACGUGCAUCACCUCGCACCCAUCUGCAGGCUUGCUCCUGCUCGGGCGCAUGCGCAGUGCGGCUCUCCAUCAUUCCCAAUCUCCCAGUGUAGGAGAACCAGCGGAGGCAGGAGAACUAAUGGGUAGGGUUCUUCUUCUUCUUAUUUCUCCCCGGGCUCACAAACUACACAGUCGCUCGCUCGCCGCACGGCUCCAGCAGCGGGACGCGCUCGCCGGGACGCCCGGGUAAGGACGGACAGUUCCCGGGUUGAUUUGACGCAGACAGAAACGAACCAUGGGAAUACCACUGCCCAACUGCGCUUGGGAGCCGAUAUGUUGAACAUAUUUUACUUGUCCGACUGAGGGACGGAUUUCUGGGCGGCAGAAGACAAAUGAUAAAAAAACUAGUAAAGCACAGUGCGCUCCAACUCCCGAUCCUCACCUUUUCAGCUGGAUGGCUCUGAAUGACAAGAGGCAGUAAUGGAAGUCUAUGGGCAAUUCAGCUCUGUAGCCAUGAAGCAGCUCAAAGGGUAGGGUCUGCCGUGAGCUCGCCUCACCCUACCCGACCACCUGCUCAUCCACCACCCCAUCAGCUCCACCCGAGAGCAGAGUCCCACAUUAAAGCAUAAUCCUGCAGCCCUGCCCAUCUCCUCCACCCACCCACCACCAUCGCUUUGGAAGACGAAACAUGACGAGCAUUGCGAAGACACUGGUUGAUGUCUGAUAUAUAUACCUCUGAGGUGUUGAGCGUAAAUCCAGUGGAGCAAUGAAUGGCGGAAAGGACUGUGAGGCAGGAGAUGAGAGGCAGGCCGCCCCUGUCCAGGUCCCCAUUGGCUGGCAGCGCAAGGCAGAGCGUGGCAGAGGGGUCCUAUACAUAAGUCCCAGUGGCUCGGUGCUGUCUAGCUUGGAGCAGGUGAAGACCUACCUGCUGACAGAUGGAACCUGCAAAUGUGGCCUGGAGUGCCCACUCAUCCUUCACAAGGUGUUCAACUUCGACCCAGGGGCAGCUGUCAAGCAGAGGACAGCGGAGGACGUGAGAGCAGAUGACGAUGUCACCAAACUCUGCAUUCACAAGAGGAAGCUUCUGGCCGUGGCCACGCUGCACAAGAGCAUGGAGAGGCACCCACCUCUGACACUGACCAGUCCAGGAAGAGGUACAUCACAUGUGGUUGCCGCGCAUUCCACGACUCAACGAGCAAUAAGGAAUAAACCCCACGACGGCCUGUCCAAUGCUGUUGGCCCUGACUGCAAGAGUCAUUUCAAGAUGAUGAUGGCAGUAGGACAACAGCAGCACAGGCUGUAUUCACCCCAGGAGAUGGGUGGAGCCCAGCAGCCGGAGCUCUACUCUGGGUACCCCAGGCCACAGAGGCUGGGCAGUGGGGAGCCAUGCCCCAAAUCCCCAUACAGGGCUGGGUACAUAGGCAUGCUGAGCCCACCUCCCUCCAGUGCAAAGCUAUAUGGAGAUGGCUCACAGUCUCCAAGUGCAGACACUCUGGGCAGCCCUGAGGGCUUUCCAAGGAACAAUCCUUGUGGUUUUCCAGGAGCUGGCAGUCCCGGCUCAGCCUCCAUCCAUGGGAAUACUAGGAUGCCUCUUUCCCCACCCAGUGUGAUGCUCCAUGGCUCCCCUGCGAGCCAGCCAUCCUGCGCCAUGACAGGGAGGACUAGCACGCCCCUCUCCCCAACGGCCACUGCCAAAAGCCCUGUCAUGAACAUGAACGUGCCACGGGGCAACUUCCCCCCAGGUAUGGAUAUGUCCCGUGUGGCUUUUCACCAUAAAACACAGCCGCCUGUGCAUACGGUGCCGCCCACCCCAUCCAUACCACCAUCCUGUGCCCUUCAGAAAAGGCAGUUGACUUCCGAAAAAGACCCCUUAGGCAUCUUAGACCCUAUCCCCAGCAAGCAAGUCAGCCAGCCUCCCACCAACGCCCCAAACCCCUCAAACUUCCAGCCUAACAUCCACUCUCAGGUACCAAUGAUGAAUGUAAACAUACCCCCUCCUGCCAUUGUUCCCUUGCCAAGCAACUUACCUUUACCAACAGCGAAGCCUGGGCAUGGUGGCCAUGUUCAGAGGACUCAACAGGGUGGUCCAGCUUCCUCCAUGUCCCCCUCCCCUGUCACUUCCCCUGUCCACAUGGCUGGGCCUGCCAUUGGGAGAAUGGAGGCCUCCCCUCAUCGCUCACGCUCAUCCUCCACCUCCUCUGAUCAUGGAAACUUUGCAAUGCCCUCUGGGCACCAGGCCCCAUGUGGCACCAUGAAGGUCCCUCCUCGUUCCCCCAGGUCCGCUAUGGGAUCUCCCAGACCGGCCAUGCCCUCCAGCCCCUCCACCAACAAAACAGACCCACUCCACCAGUACAAAGACUCCCAGCUGUUGCCCGGGAUGGUAAACUCUAUUGGAACCCAGCAGCAUGGUAACCCCAUGUAUUCACCCACCUCUUCCUCCUCAUCAUCCUCCUCUCUGGCAACCCCUAGCGCUUCCCAGAAGGGCCACCCAGGACUCCUGGGGAUGCCCCUCAACCAGCUCCUCAACCAACAGAACGCCACUUCCUUCCCCGCCAGCAGUCUCUUGUCAGCUGCAGCCAAAGCACAGCUAGCAAAUCAAAACAAACUCAGCGCUGCUGGCAACAGCACUACUGGCAUGGCUGGUGGUGGAGUUGGUGUCGCAGGUAUGGGGGCGGGUGGUGGAGGUAGUGGUGGGAGUGGUGGGCACCCUGGCUCUAUAACCGGCCCUCGAGGCAUGGAGGGACACAGCACUUUAAAUCCCAUGCUCCCGCCAAACUCCGCCAUGCUGCUCAAUACUCCUGAGGGCCAGAGUGGUCGGGCAGCUCUCAGAGACAAACUCAUGGCCCAGCAGAGGGACCCCAUGCGCAAACGGAAGCAGUCGUCCGGCGGUGCUGCUGUUAACCACGAUAACAGUAACAACAUGGUCUACAACAUGCUUAACAAAUCAGGCAUGGGUGGACCCCACAUGCCAGGGCCCAGUGCCACUGAGCAGCUGCGAAAAGUGGGCCGACUUGGGAACCUUCCCCCAAACGCCUCCAUGGCCCAGCUUCUCCAGUCCAUGAGCUGCCAGAGCUCCCAUAACUUGACUGGGAGCAGCCAUCGUCCAGGUCUUAGCCCUGGUCCAGGGCAGGGUCCUCAAGGAGCUCCACAGCUGCACUACAACGACAGCACGGUAAUGGUCCCUGCUGGCCCUCAGCAUAAUCUGCAUGCUCAGCAGAGGCUGCAGGGUCCAGGAGAUGCAAUGCAGCACUGCCGGAACAUGGACUCCUCUGGAGGCCAUCUGGGCACACGUCCAGGCCAGUUCCCUGACAUAAUGGCCCAAAUGCAGGCCUCCUCCAUGAGUAACUGUCGGCCAAUGGGGCCAGGUGGUGGACCAGUGGGCCCUGAUGGCAUGCCGCUGGGACGCCCCAACACCAAUCCCCCGCCACUAUCCCAUCCUAGCCCUCGUCCCUCACAGCAGAACCUCCUUCACAGUAUGGGGCGGACUAACAUGGUCGUGAUGCAACAUGGAGGGGGUGAUGGAGGCUGUACACAGAGCAUUUCUGAUUCAGGAAACCCAUCAUCCCUUGGCUGUGGUGUGGGAGGCCUGCCACCACAUGUGAACAGAGGUCAGAUAUACCAGCAGCAGGUCCACCAGGGCAUGCAGCAGGUGGUGGCCUCCCACCCGGCCUACCAGGGCCAGCAGCACUUUUCUGACACCACACCCUACACAGAAGGCAACAUGGUCAACGCUGGCUCCAUGGCCUGCCUCUACCAGAACUACCAGCAGGGGAUGUUGCAGCACCCACAGUUCGGGGCGGGGCAACAGCCCCAGGGAGAGGGGCUUCCAGGUACACCUGGCUCUGACAGGGGGCCCGGUGGUGGCCCAGAGUCGGUGGACGCCAUCUACAGAGCUGUGGUGGACGCCGCCAGCAAGGGCAUGCAUGUUACGAUAACAACCACGGUGAGCGGGACCACGCAGGCGAGUCCGGUGCCUGCCCUCAGCGCCAUGAGUGCCUUCACUGCUUCUAUAGGGGAGCCUGUCAACCUCCCCCAAGCAGUUAGUGCAGUCCUGCAUGGGCACCAGGAGGGGGAGGCGUUACCCCUGCACACCAGGCCGAGGCAGGUGAGGCCAGGACGGGGUCAGAAGAACAUGGAUGCUGGGAAGAUGACUCCAGACGGUACUCCUGAGGCCACUGACUACUUCCGUUCUCCUGGCCGUGGUACUCCAAGGGGGCAGUGGGACGGGGAGACGCAGCACAGGGGAGGUUUUGACACGCACAGCAAUAACAGCUCCUGGGGCGGCGAGGAAUUUCUAGAAUGUUCAACCCAAGUUAGGAGUAGUCCAUGCAUGGAGCGACCAGCCAGUUUGGCUCCCGCCCCUCUCUGCCCCACUGAGGACUCCAACGAUCAUGGCCUGGUCAUGGCCCACGAAAAGGCCUUUCCCGAUGAUGGAUAUCGCUUUAAUAACUGCAGCCGGACUCCUGUAAACUACAAGGAGCGUCUCGAGCAGACAGUGGAACGCUGCACCCAUAUCAACGGUGCCACCCCCCAUUUCAACACCCGCGGUUAUGGUGAUGUCCUAGGUCCCCCACGGCAGGAGUUGACGGGCGACGACCAGUCGCCCAGCUCCUCCACGAGCCUGGAGGGUCCCCUGGCCACAGCCAAAGACUACAGCCACUACAACGGCCACUUCAACGGUAUGGCGCCCAGCCCCUCGGACACAAAGAGUCUAAGCAGUGAGGAAGACUUGCGGCAGCCAGACUCUCCCUCCUCAGAGCUGCUUCACUACCGAUCCAGGACCUUCAACAUGGGGGAUCUGGUCUGGGGACAGCUGAAGGGCUUCCCACCCUGGACUGCCAAGCUGGCCGGGGACGAACAAGUGCACAGCGCUGCUAUGCAGCUGCGGGAGCAGGCGAAGGUAGAGCCAGAGAAGCUAAAAACACUAACUCACGACUUGGAGGCACUUGACCGAGCCGCCAAACGAGGCCUGAAACCGGGGAAACUGAAUAAUCACUUGGAAGCUGCUAUCCACGAGGCCAUGAGUGAGCUGGACAAGAUGUCAGGCACGAUCCCAUCGAGGGAUCGCCAGGUGAAGCUCCCGAAGCCCAAGAGGAGGAAAAUAUCCAGAUAACAUUGAAUGUGUCGGCCCGAGAACGUCCUCAAAGCCUUCGCAGACUUGUCCGUUCAGCCUUGACGCGAUCUGAGCUCUCUUAACAGGUGCUACACAUGGACAUGCAGUGGUGCAUCGUUGUUCCAUGAUAUGAACUCGACUUGUUGACUGACCACAGAAGGUGCUGGAAAUUCCAAUCACCGAAACAGUUUUACUGGUAGAAAGCAAAAAAAAAGAAGAGGGAAAGAAAUUGAGAAAAACAUCAGAAACGGUUGCAAUUUGUCUACUGCUCACUGAAUUAACUAUUUUUUUCUAGUAUAAUAUAGUAAAAUAAACAAAAAAAAAAGAAGCUACAAGUAUUACCUUACAUAUUUAAGAAAAAUAGACAGUCCAAAUAUUUCUGAUACAUUUUCAAUAUGUAUAUAGAUAAUCCUGAAAUUUCAUGCUAUCAAGAAAUGUAUGUAAAUAUUGUACAAUGUCAUGUACAAGCGUACCUAAUGCACAUUUUAUCUUUUAUUGUACAAAAACAAAGCAGAAGAAGUGUACCAAUGUCUUGGUUUCUAUUCAGAAAUGCGGUUGCAUACGGCCGCAUGCAUAGGAUAAUUAAGAAUACAGCCUAAAGCUUUUAUAUGAGGAACUGUGAGACGUGCUGUUUUUUUAAAUUUUUAUUUCAUUUUUUUAUUAUUUCCUCCUUUUUUUUUUUAAAUAAGGGAACAGCAGUGGAACAGGCACGAGUAUAUGAGUUCUCUCCAUUAUUACACUUCACUCCAGUUGUGCUCAUUUGUACUGAUAAGAUAAAAAACCACAGAAUGAACUUUACCAGCAGGAAGUGUUCAGUGUCGGGAAAGGACCCCCCCGUCCCCCUGUCAGAUCAACGUUGGUAAUUCUUCAUCUGCUCGUUCACAGGAAAAUCGUGAAUAUUUGGCGAUGUGGUUUAAUGAGGUGAAUUGUUCCAGUUUUACCGGCAGACGAGAGAAAAUUGGUUACCUGUCGUUUUGAGAAGGAAAAAUCCACCCUCACACAAUUCUUACGAAAUCAAGUGUCAUUGUAUGUUGUUUGAGUUUCAGGAGUUUUAAACCAGAACGAGACGAUCUAAAUCCUGAAACGCAACAUGAAAUCCUUUCUAACGGUGGAUUUUUCCUCCUCUGAAAACCCAGAAUCACAGGCUGCGUUCAUUCAUUCGUUCUUCUGUCAUUUGACUGUUGUGAUUUACGUUUGUACAGUAAUCUUAACAUUUUUUCCUCCCAUGAUUCUAGUCAUGUUCGCCACGGCUAUAGCUUUAGGUACAGUAACCAACCUCAGUCUAGAUCAUGAAAACGAAACACUAACUCAAGAGCAGUGGAAGCAUUUCUCACAUUUAGGGGCCUUGUGUGUAUUUUCUUUCUUUUUUCUUAUUGUUGUAAAUUAUUUAUGUACAGUACUUCAUAUUUAUUUUAAGCUUUACAAAUAUGCUAGAUGGCAAUAAUACUACCGAGAGUUGAGAACUCAAGCCUUAUAUGUGUAUAUGUAUGUUUUUUGUGAAAAUAUCAUGUAUUCAUAGUUCAUUACAGAGGUGGUUGUGUUCCCUUUUAUUUAAGAAGCGAGCAUUACAGUUAACACUUUUAUUCUUACAGCGAGGCUUUACCAGUUUUUGUUACAGAUUGUUUCAUGGAAAUUUCUCAGCUCAAGAGAAGACCAUAAUAUUUAUGAAUAUGCUCGUCUGAAAGGCAGACGGGAUUUUACGUUGGUAGUAAAUGCAGUUGUGAACACUAACAAACUUAUCCGAAGUUUCACGCCGAAUCGUAAAUGGACAGCGACGCACAGUAUCGGGAUAAACACACACACACUCACACGCCUCCAGAUCAACUAAUAACCUGAAUUCACUACAGAAUUACUAAGUGCAAUAUACAAGUCAAUGGCAAAGAACAACCGUUCUAGAAACACUGCAUCUCUGAUUUUCUUUUGUACACACCUUCAAAAACUUGGGCUGUACUUUUUCCUCUGAUGUGUACUCUGCCUUUUUUGUGUGUGUGUGUGUGUGUGGGGGGGGGGGGGUUACAUUAUUAAUCCUUUUCAGGCAUCCUAACCUAAGAGCCAUGAAGUAGUAAUUUAUUUGUAGCUUUACCUUUACACAUUAACUCCGACAGCGUCGUGUUUUAGUUUAAAGUGUCCUGAGGUAAUCCAGCAUUAUCGAAAUAUCACACACACACACACACACUAACCCUCCGAGAUAAGUCCCAUUUAAAUACUUGAACUUUUCAGAAGACAUUAACUACAUUUAUGUCAAGAAUCCCAUGUUUGAUCUCCUUAAAACCGAAAUGGUACUCAAGAUUCUUCUGCCUCUCACCAACUAAAACAUGACAACACUCCUAUUGCAAAAAAUAUGCACAACUUUUGGAUUUGCUCACAAGUUUUUAUGAAAGUUUUAAAUUUACAUAACCAAGAGCGUCAACAUCCAACUCUGAAUCUUACAGCCAGUUCCAACAGGUCUGUCUUGUUCAUGGGUUUUCACUUUUAACCACCUUAAAGUCAUUUGUGCUUUAUUCUCAGAUGAGGUCUCUCACUUAUUUGAAGACGGAUGACUUUGUGCACGCUAUGAAAACACGGACAUUUCGAAUUUGUAGUGGCAAAGUCUAGUAACUUCCAAAAAUAUCUAUUACUUGAUAAAUAUCAGACAUUGGCUUUAGCUAAAUUGAAUCUGUUUUUUUUUUUUUUUUUGCAAAAGUCAACAUUUUCAGUUUUUACUGUCCCAUGUGGAAAGGAAAACCUCCCAGCCCUUUUCUUUUAAACAUGUGCCGUUCAGGCCGAGAACCACGUGAGCUCUUUCGGUAAAGUUCAUUCUGCCUCUUCCCCCCGCCUCCCGUUUUCUUUUUGUGCAAUGACAUGCAGGAACCCGGUCUCGUGUUGGGAACCCAUGUGUUCUGGAUCUGUUAUAUCAGUUUCAUGUUAUUUGUGGUCAAGAGUUCAAAGCAUUUCUUUUUUUUGUGUGUGUGUGUGUCUGUUUGGUGUGUGCCGUCUAUUUUCUUUUCCUCCUCACGCCUGUGCUUGUGUGAGCGUGUUGAGGUGUGAGUGGCUUUUUUUUCUGCUCUUUUGAAUCUCAGUUCCCUCUUCCACCCUUUUUCCUUGUCAGUAUUUUAUUUUUUCAACUUGUAAUUAAGUAUAUAUUUUCUCACUAAUAUAUACUUUACAGAAAAUAGACUUGCGUGAAGUAUGAUGUGCACUUGAUUGCUCUUGUUUAUUUUUUUUUCUUUUUGCAUUAAUGUGGGCUAGGGAUAGUUUGUCAGUCCAUUAUUUUGAGAUUGUUUGGACUUUUUUUUUUUUAAUGGUUUGAUGUAAGCAGCAUUUUUUUUGUAAAUAUUGUGAAACAUUACAGGUCAUGCAGUGAUGUAACAUUUUGAACAAUGUUGCACAGAUGUUUAAGAUAUUAAAAACAUGGUCACUCUUACUUGAAUGA